AUCGACUCUAUUGACCAAUGCUCUAAAACCCUAUACUUCCACAGAGGUCUGGGUUUUCUCCUUGUUGCUUCUGCAGAACCCUAGCUUCGUCUCAUCGUCUUCCCACUGCAGCAAUGAAGCUCGUCAGGUUUUUGAUGAAAUUGAACAAUGAGACUGUGUCUAUUGAGCUCAAGAAUGGAACCGUAGUUCACGGAACCAUUACAGGUGUUGAUAUCAGCAUGAACACACAUCUGAAGACUGUAAAGCUCAUUUUGAAAGGAAAGAAUCCAGUGACGAUGGAUCACCUGAGUGUAAGGGGUAACAAUAUUCGCUAUUACAUACUUCCUGACAGCUUAAAUCUUGAGACGCUGUUGGUGGAGGAGACACCUAAGGUCAAGCCCAAGAAGCCAACUGCUGGGAGACCUUUGGGUCGUGGUCGGGGCCGAGGUCGUGGGCGUGGACGUGGUCGAGGCCGUUAGAUAUAGAUUCAAUCAUCUCAUUUUUGUAGCAGUUGGUUAAUGUAAACAUUUGUAACUGAAGUAAAAGAUUCUUUGGAACUUUAAGCCCCUUUUGUGAUUUCAAGUUAAUUCAGAUGCUAAGGUUAUGCUGGCCUCA